CGCGCAUGCGUUGCCUGGUCCUCGCCGGGGUCCCUGCCGAGGUCGCCGGGGGCGCUGGGGGCGUGGGGAGCCGCCCUGGGACGCCGCGGCCGCUCGUGGCGACAGCUGGCUGCAGAGCACAGGUUUCCCCCAGCCUCGCAGCCGCUGCAGGCGUCUCGGACGCGGGCGGCCGCCCCAGCAGGCCCGUGGCCAGGAAGGUCCUGGGUCCGCACCGCCGACGGUGGCGGGGAAGGGAGGCGCCUGAGCCCCCCGGGCCCUGCCUGGGGCCCUCCGCCGCCCUGGGGCCGCCGUUUCCGCAAGGUGGCAGCCCUGGCGCUGCCUCGGCCCGCCGCCCCCGGGCCCUGCUCCCCGCUGGCCGCCGGAGUUUGCGGACCGCGCGAGCCUCCCCCCGCCCCCCGCCCGCUGGAGCCCUCGGGGCUGCCCCGUGCCUCCCGGGACGCGGGGGGCAGAUGUCACCCGGUGACUUUUUAGGCUCGAGCCAUGGGCUGUGGGCACCCAGGUCCACCUCUGCCGCCAGCGCCGGGCGCGGGGAAGGUGUGAGGCAAAUGCUGAUCGGCUCAAGUCGUGCGUUUCCCCAGGCGUCGAGACUGUGCAAGUCUAGCUCCGAAUGCAGCUGAGCCCUCCGUAUUAACCAGUGGGACGGGGCGAGAGGGGACUGGCGUCCUAAGCCCUGCGGACAAGGACAGCGGGAAGCUCCCUGACCGGCGGCUGCCAGGUUCUGAGGGACAAUUGGAUUCAAACCUUGCCUUUCCUGAGUGACCUCGGGCAGUGAUGUGAUCGCUAGGUGCCUCCAUAUCCUCACUGCCGAGAUAGGGGAAUUUUU